GUUCACCUCCCCGUCUCCGGGGUAGGACGACCGAAGGCGGCAGUCUGAGCGCGCGCCGCUCCCCGGGCAGCGGCGGCCCCUGCGCCGCCCGCCCCGCGCGGACGCCCAGCCUGUCCUGGGAUGGACCGGGAGACCCGCGCCCUUGCCGAGAGCCACUUUCGAAAGCUCCAGGGACGGCUCCUGGGCGGCACCAGCCCGCCCCGGGGCUGCGUGGACUUCAUCGAGAAGCCGGACUCAUUUUCCUACGCCGACUUCUUCAAGGGAUACCUGCUGCCCAACAUGCCGUGCGUCUUCUCCAGCUCUUUCACCGCCGGCUGGGGCAGCCGCAGGCAGUGGGUGACGCCCAGCGGGAAGCCCAACUUUGAGCACCUGCUUCGGAAGUACGGAGACGUAGUGGUACCUGUUGCCAACUGCGGGGUCCAGGAGUACAAUUCGAACCCCAAAGAACACAUGCCUCUUAGAGACUACAUCAGCUACUGGCAAGGGUACAUCCAGGGGGGCUACUCCUCUCCGCGGGGCUGCCUCUACCUCAAAGACUGGCACCUGUGCAGGGACUCCUCGGCGGAGGAUGUCUUCACCCUCCCCGUGUACUUCUCGUCCGACUGGCUGAACGAGUACUGGGACACCCUGGACGUGGACGACUACCGCUUCGUGUACAUGGGGCCCGCCGGCACCUGGUCACCAUUUCACGCCGACAUCUUCCGCUCCUUCAGCUGGUCUGUCAACAUCUGUGGGAGGAAGAAGUGGCUCUUCUUCCCCCCAGGGCAGGAAGAAGCCCUGCGGGACUGCCAUGGCGGCCUGCCCUACGAUGUGACCUCCCCUGCGCUCCUUGACCGCCGCCAGUACCCCAGGCAUGAGCACUGCAGCCCGCCGCUGGAGGUCACGCAGGAGGCGGGCGAGAUGGUGUUUGUGCCCAGUGGCUGGCACCACCAAGUUCACAACCUGGAGGACACCAUCUCCAUCAACCACAACUGGGUCAACGGCUGUAACCUGGCCAACAUGUGGCACUUCCUACAGCAAGAGCUCUGCCCGCAGUCGGCAGAUCAUGCCUGGAGCUAUGAGCAGGUGGCGGCUCACUAGCUGCUCCUCUCUGGCCAGGUCAUCAUGAAGGCUUGCUCCGGGAUCGAUUUCGAAGAAUUUUACCGCUUCCUCAAGACCAUCGCCGAGAGGAGGCUCCUCCUGCUGGCUAAGGGGGUGGGCCCUGAUGCAGAGGAGGCUGAUGGUGGCAAGGGCACCAUCCUGGGCCCCCAGCAGGCCGCUUUUGACAUUGGCCGGAUCGCCGAGGUGCUGGCCUCCGUGGUGGCCCACCCAGACUUCCAGAGAGUGGACACCAGCGUGUUCUCGCUGCAGCCGGAGGAGCUUCUGCAGCAGCUGCAGCAGGUCGUGGUCACCACUGCGACUCUUUAAUGCACGUUGCACGGAUCUGGUACCCUGUGAAGUGACAGGCCCAUGGCGCACCAGCAUGGAGACAGGUGGCCUCCAGUAUGCCUUCCAGAAAUAAAGCUUCAUACUUCUGUGUGGCCUGGGACACGUCACCUCCCCACUGA